UAAAUUCAAAUGGACAUUCAUUGCACCUGUCAUACUCAUCAUUCUGAUUAAUAUGGGCUUUUUUAUCAUGGCUAUUGCAAUAAUGAGAAGACACAGAAAGAAUCAACCAAAAAAUAGUCAAUACAGUAAUAUAAAAUAUUGGUUGAAAUCAUCAUUAUCACUGACUGUUGUGAUGGGCAUAGCAUGGCUUGGUAAUGUCCUCUUCUUCACGAAAGAGCUUCUCUUCAUUGCAUACAUCAUGACAGUCUUCAUUGCUGCUCAAGGAAUUAUUAUAUUCAUACUUUAUGUUCCACUUUCUUCUCAUGUAAGAGCUGCAUACUUGAAGUCUUGGAAUGACAAGAGAGCUAAUACUGGCUAUUUCAGUGCAAUGCUUUUUAAAAGGGCAUCAAUUGCUUCAACUUGCACUUGCAGUAUUAAGAAUAUAUCACAAUCAGCUACCAGUAAAAGCAGUGAAACUCAAACCAGUAGUGUUUUUGUGGGUACCAGGCUUUCUGUAGGCCCUCCUAAUGACCCAAAUAAGAUAUUAGAGCAAGAGUUGGACAAUAUGGUCAUUCCUCCUUUACCUAGUGAUUACAUCACUAGUGAGAUUGACAGGUCUUUUGUUUUUGUAAACAAGGCAAGCAUUGAGAAGGAAAUAUCAGAUGAAUGA